UGCAAGGUAUAUUUAAGGAGCGACAAUGACAAUAAUUAUUACAGUUGAUAUGGAGAGUCGGCUUGAAAUUGCAAUAUUAAGUAGCUGCCUGGUUUUUAUUUAUUAAUCUAUACACAAAUUUAACUACGUGAAUUAAAUCCGCUUGCGAUGUCAAUGUCACACAAAAAUUCUUACGAGCUGUCCUUUCUCGAAAUAUUGACUACUUCUGUCGCAAGAAUGGGAAAGAUCCCAGAUCACAUCGCAAUUAUAAUGGACGGAAAUCGACGAUAUGCGCGACGUAAAGGCUUGGAAGUCUCAAAUGGACAUAAAGCUGGGGCUGACACCCUGUUAAAUUUGUACCGCUGGGGAAAUGCGCUCGGCUGCAAAGAGCUGACAGUGUACGCAUUUUCCUCAGAGAAUUACAAAAGAUCAAAACAAGAAGUGGAUUAUUUGAUGGAAUUAAUGGAACAGCGAUGCACCCAAUUGCUACAAGCCAUCGAAUCUCAUCACGAAUCAGAUACAUGCAUACAAAUGAUUGGCAACUUGGAUAAUCUGCCGGAAAAGUUGAGACAUCGGGUGGCUCACUUGAUGCAGAGAACGAGACUUAAUAAACCAUAUCGGCUAAAUGUCGCAGUCGCGUACACAAGUUGGAGUCGUGAAGGUAUUUUGGCAGGCUUGAAAGCUUUAAUUGACAAGGAUCAAGACAAAAAUGACCCAUCAGAAUUGAAUGAGUAUAUAAUUCACCAAUCUCACUCCUUGAUGGAUUUACGACCCGUCGACAUGCUUAUCCGAACUGGGGGUGACCAACGCCUCUCGGAUUUCAUGCUUUGGGAAGCGAGCCAGGCUUACAUAUAUACAUUUUACGCAGGUUUCAUGGCCGGAAUUCAAUUUUGGCGAACUGAUGCAUGCGAUUUUUAUGUAUCAAAUGCAUAUGCGUAAAAUUUCGGAAACGGUACUAUUUUUUAUCAGAAAUGGUAAGUGAUAAGAUUCCAAGUUUUGUGAAAUCUUCCAUUAGGUGGUACCGUUUGAAAUCAAUGAGGGUGAAAAUGGUGGAAGGAUUCUGGAGAACUUGCGUGAAGAACGAUGGGCGCUAGUCGAACAGUUGGCGAAGGAUGACCUGCCAAUAAAGAAAAUUGAAAAGUUUACAAAAGCUGAGGAAAAAAAGUUUCUUAAAGUUGCGCAA